GCACCCAGAGAAACACGUUCGGUACCCAUCAUGUUUGUUGUGUUAACAUUAUUAUUAACUUUGCUCCUCGUUAUAUCAAAUAAGUUCUACAAUUUCGUAUUCGGUAAACCUUUGGAAAAUGCGCCCCCAGUCUAUUUUAUCACAGGUUUGCCUCGGUUCCCAAUAUGGGGUAGCUAUUGGCUCCUUCUUUGGGGAAACUACAAUUUUCCCCAUCAAACGAUCUCUUAUUACGCCAAAAAGUACAAAUCCAAAGUGGUAGGAUGCUGGCUGGGCGAUUAUUACACGGUAGUUGCGACGAACUAUAAUAGUAUCAAGGAACUGCUCACGAAGAAGGAAUUCGACGGAAGAUUGACCGAUGCUUUCAUAUUCACAUCGAGAGCUUUUGGGAAAAAAUUAGGCAUCUUUUUCACCGAUGGUGAGAAAUGGAGGGAGCAAAGGAGGUUUGCCCUCAGGUUUAUGAGGGAAUUCGGGUUCGGACGACGAAUGGACAAGACUGAAAGCGAUUUUGCGGAGGAGCUCGGCGUCCUGCUUGACACCUUAAAAAGUGCACCCGCCAACGAGGACGAACAGAAGGUGCUCAAGGACAGGAACAUCGUCCGUUUUCCAGAUGUCCUCUAUCCAACAGCAGCCAAUUUCUUUCUCACUAUAUUCACCGGGGAACGUUUACCAAGAGCUGAUCACGAGAUGCUACGAGUCGUGGCAAGGUCCGCUGCAAAAUUUCAAAGACACAGUGACACAACCGGAGGUGCGAUAUUGGUCACUCCUUGGAUUCGCCACUUUGCUCACGGGUUUUCUUAUCCCGGAUUCAUCGAAGGAUCGACGGGAAUAACAAACUUCAUCAGAAAAUGUUUCCGAACGAACGAGGCAUCGUAUAUCGGUGAUGCCGAGAGAGGCUUCCUCGACACGUGUAUUAAAAGACUGAAGGAGGACGAAGAAUUACCCACAAUCACCGAAGAGCAGAUCCUCAUGCUGGGAACGGACCUGAUUUUUCCAGCAUUAACGGCGAACCCGUGGGCCGUGACGAUCCUAAUCAAGUAUAUGAUGCACCAUCCCCACAUCAUGGAGCAAGUUCAAAAGGAAAUAGAUACCGUUGUCGGCAGGGAUCGGCUAAUCACGCUGAACGAUAGAGUAAAUCUUCCCUACGUCGAGGCAACAAUCCGUGAAGUUAUGAGAGUGGAGACGAUGACUCCUUGGUCGGUAGCACACAGAGCGAUGGAGAAAGGUACGCUCGGCGGUUUCGAUGUCCCAAAGAACGCAGUUCUGGUAACUGACCUCCACUCCAUGCACCACGACCCAGAGAUGUGGGGUGAUCCAGAAAAAGUUCGUCCUGAGCGAUUCCUCACCGUGGACGGCCACUUGGGGCAAGACCGCACGUUGCCAUUCGGCGCAGGAGGUCGACUUUGCGCCGGUGAAACAUUCGCGAGGCAAUUUUUAUUCCUCACCUUCAGUACCCUUGCCCAGAAUUUCGAUUUCUCGUUCAUCGAGGGUGAGCCGUCAUCCUUGGAGGAUCGGAUUCCAGGAUUCGCUGCAAGUCCGAAGGACUUUUGGACCAAAGUCACUCUACGUAAAUAGAAGCACUGCAUUUCCACUAGAAAUAGCAUUUACGGUAGUGAUUAGAUAUUUUUUUAUUUUAUCUUUUUUAUGCUUCGUUGGUUAUGGUUGUUUUACUACAUGUUA